AUGUCCACGGUCACAGAUCAGCCUACGCCCCGGCCUUACCGGUCCCAUUUGCGCCCAGCCUGUUUGCAGUGCAGGCGGCGCAAGUCAAGAUGCCAGCAGCAAGAGGGAAUCACGUCGUCAACCUGUCAAAUGUGCCACGUCUAUGGCACGGACUGCGAAUUCCCACCGUCUCCUCGCAGUGCAGGUCGAGCACCGCUCAACCCCGGAAAGGUCCAGAAAUCCUAUCGCACCCCUCAGUCAAACACGCCAUGUCGACGGGAGCCUCUGGCAUCAGCCAAGGUCCAUGUCUCUGUAUCUCAGAGCCAGGGUGGUGGUAUAGGGGCAUCGUGUUCUCCACCAACAAGCACGACGUCCAGCUCGGGCCCCAAAGUUGUGCUUGAUCCGCACAACACCCAUUUGAUGCUGGCACUGGACAGUCCUGAGGACGAAGACAACUCGCACAUCAUUGGUCCAGCUGUUACAAAUGACACUCAGGUGUUGGCUGACUAUCUGAGUUCUGAGCCAAGCAUCCACGAACGGAUGAUCCGUGUGGUGAAGCCUAGGCCAGGAGCUCAGGUGGGCCAGUUGCCCCGGCCAACAAUGGCCGGGGGUCUUCGGAAGCCAGUCAUCUUUACAGCAGUCCGAAAGCGUCCCUAUGGUCUGUCACCGAGGCAGACGGCACCGUUGCAAAAAUAUCAGAUUGUCGAAAAGAUGUUGGAGCCGUGGACUUCGAAACUCAUAGAUCUUUACUUCCAAAAGGUCAACAUAUGUUUUCCGCUUCUGGACGAGGUUUCAUUCAAGCACCAGUUCAACACAGCCAGAGACAGAAUAUCGCCGGCGCUCUUGUCCGUGCUUUAUGCCCACUCCAUGAUCUUUUGGAAAACCAGCCCAGAAUUGCCCUCACAGUAUUGCCCGGACUCUCGAUUUAUCUGGAACCAAGCCACAGAAACCUUAUUUUCUGAACUCCAUAUUUCGCCGGGAAUAUCCACCAUUAUCGCCAUUAUCCUCAAUGUAGGAGGGAGGCCAACUACUUCCAUGAUCAUGAACGAGAUCCAGCUCGGCGCCGCUGUAUCACUUGCCCAGUCAUUAGGGCUCAACAGAGACCCUGUGGACUGGAACAUCUCCAUGCCGGAGAAGUGUCUACGAAUGAAGAUAUGGUGGGCACUCGUUGUUCAUGACAAAUGGCUGAGCCUAGCCUAUGGAACGCCACCCCAAAUCAAGCGCUAUCAGUACGACGUGCCGGAUCCCUCAUUGGAGUAUCUCACCGGGAAAGACGCAAGCGAAGCUCAAAUUGCGGCCGCUUCGGUCUUUAUCGGUCUGGUCACUUUGACCGGGGUUCUCGAUAAGUAUCUGGAGCAUGUCUACGACCUCAACCAGGGCCGAGACCAAGAUAGCAGCCAGACAUCUCUUGACUUAGAGCUGAGCCUCGGUCAGUGGGAAGACUCCCUUAGCGACGAUGUCAGGCGAAUCAUUACCCGCGGAAACAACCUACAUAUCCCCGGCGCGGCGAACCUGAGACUGGCUUAUCUCUCAACUGUGUUACUCCGCAGGAGGAUCGAGCUCGAUAUCGAGAAGCAGGAAGACGCAGUCCCCGGUGACGCACUCACCAACCGAUACAUCCAAGUUCGCCGCGCCGCGGAAGAGAUUGUUCUCCUCGUGCAGGAACUGGAAGAGAUCCAUUUGAGCGACUUCUGGCUGCCGGUCAGUGCCUUCGCAUUCACAUCAGCAAUGACAUUCCUCUUGCGAUGCGCUCUGGAAACCGAGAACACCGCCGGUGGCUUGGCUCAGAGUGCAUCCUUAAAGCUGGCAAAGAACCUGAUCGACUCAUUACAAUCUCACCAACAAAACUCGGGAUGGGAUUUGGGUGAUCUCUGCUUAGCUCAGUACGGCGAGGUUGUUGAGCGUUUGCAGACUGCCGACAGCCCUUCGGCAACGGUUCCGGAGUUUCAGCAACUGAUGAUGUCGUCGGAUGUUCCCAUGAUUGAUGAGCUAUUUCCUAAUCUAUGGGAUAUGUUUUAA